UUUAUCGAUUCGAACACUUGUUUAGACUUAGGGCUGUAAACUGAACAAUAUAUCAGAAAACGACUAAGUGAUGGUGGGGUAUGGAGCUGAAAUAUGAUACAAUGAGUGUAUCAUUAGGAAAAUCGUAUGUAAUAUUGGAACCUCUGAACAUUUUCCCGUCAUGUUUUAUUUAAAAUAUGGCAGAUUAGGUUAUAAUGUCAUGGCAAUCGGAAAUUAUAAUCUACCAUAACAGUAUUGUUUACAUUGGUUUAAAGUUCUCUGAAAGAGCUUGAAAGUUUAUUUAAAAUGUCCACAAAAGUAACGAUUGGUUCUGAAUACUUGCCACUUCACCACAAGAGCAAGGGUUUUAUGCUUAAAGUUCCCUUUGGGAAAUUAGCAUGGGUAACAGUUUCCCUUCCUCUGCUAAGUUUCAUAUUCUGUGUUAUAUGGUCCAUUUUAUUUCACUUUGAAAGGGCUACAUAUACACAUUGUGAGGUUCCAAACUUCUUACCAUCAAUAUCUGCAGCGAUUGGUGGGUUUUCUCCACAGCGGCAUGUAUGGAGGAUAGCAAUAGCAAUUCAUGCUGUACCAAGGCUACUUGUUGCCAGAAUGUACUACAGAUAUUAUCAAGGGGUACUCUAUCAAUGGAUACAUUUCAUGGCAGCAAUAGCUUGCUGGCUCAAUGUCGUAGAAAAUGUGGCACUCAUUGGCCUCACAUUCAUUUCGUCUGCAGAAAACCAUGUUGUUCAUGAAAGAUGUUUUGUGACGUUCAUGGUCACAUCAGAAUUGUACAUGAUGCUGACUUGUUACCUGCUUAGAAGUAUGAGACGGAGUCCACCUGACAACAUAGAGGCCCGUUCACUUCGAAUCAAAUACCAACUUCUGGCUGUGAAUCUGACAUCAUUUGCAAUGGCAAUUUAUUUCUUCAUCAGACACAAUUCAUACUGUGAACCUGGUGCUGAAAAUGAGUUCCUGGUCAUGGCGCAAAAUCAUCAUGUGUAUACAACACAGAAACACACACUGCAUUUUCUUUAUAUUCCAUAUUUGCGUUAUGCGAAUAUGUUGUCGUAUUAACCAAUAUGGCUUUCCACAUGACUGCAUUCUGGGACUUCCAUGGACGGGAGUUACUUGUUGGUCCAACAGGUGUGCAGUUUAGCUGACAAACUAAACUACCGGGCAAAGAAGCUCAAUAACAAGAGGGCCAGUCCAUCACAGAUACCAGUCCACCUACUGCGCAACUUCCCCAGCAGCCUUGCAUAGCCACCCCCGAUAGUUUCGAGUCUUUGGAGGAAGCUAACGCGUGUGGCAAUAUUCCAUCUUCUGCUAUACCUACUGUUCAACAGAUGUCUCAGCUGCAGCCAGAAUUCACAUUGAGGCAUAGCUGUACUGAGACAGAUGCAAGAUUUGUCGAAAAUACACUUCAUUCCACUACGAGGCAAAUCCCAUGCAGCAUCUGUCGCCUGUUAUUCCCAGCAACUGUCAGCCCAAGACAUUCACAACAGUUGCAGCCUGAAUUCUCACAGCAUCCUCAGUUAGAUCACGGGGGCCAACCUCCAUCACAAGACAUGUUGCCUUCCUACCAACAGUUCAUUUACAUGAGGAUUGAUCGUAGAAUUAUGGGAACACGGGUGUGAGCGUAGAGGAAUUAAUAAAAUUAAAGCAGACAUCUAUAUUAGUAGUGUGGAAAUCUGUGAUGUGACUGUUGUGAUGUUUAAGAUGGACCAUUUCCUGUGACAAAAACACAUGUAAAGAACUAGGAAUAAGAAGAACGUGGCUGUUUUUUUAAAAAAAAACAGUUCUUACAAAGAUAGUUAUUCAAAGGCCAUGUUUCACCACUGCCGUUUAUACCAUAAGUUUAACCGUGACUGAGAAUAACUGGUGGUAAACUUCUCCAUAUGCAACUGUUAAGUGUUAACCACACACACUGAAUUUUGCAUGUCU